CUCGGCGCGAAACUGGGAAACGCUCCGAGAGGAAAGGGCGGAAAGCGGAGCGCACCUUUCCUUCUCCCUCCGCCUUUGCUUGGCGUUCUGAUCAUUUUCUCAAACCCCAGUCCCCCGGGAGCACGCAUAUAAUAUAGAUCCGACACCGACACCCUGUCUCUAGAGGGCCUUGCCUUGCCUGCACCCGCACACUGGCAGACUCACAGGAAACAUCUCACACCGCCAUGUCCGCCCCACGCUUCGUUUAUGCGCGCCACGGCGACAGCAUGGGCAGUUCCUCAUCCAGCAGCAUGAGCGGUAUGGACAUGGCCUCCGGCAGCAGCAGCAGCACCGGCUGCGUGACAAACAUGCUCGGCAACUGGGAAACGACAGGCGUCUGCGUGCUCACCUCAUCCUGGCGGAUCCAGAACAAGGCCAUGUUCGCGGGCACCUGCAUCGGCGUCUUUCUCCUCGUCGUGCUCAUCGAGAUGGUCCGCCGCUGGGGACGCGAGUGGGACCGCUACAUUGUCCGCAAGGAGAUUGCCGCUCGCGCCCACUUUCUCGCCACCGCCACCCCCCUCGAGCCGUCCGCGGGGAUGCCAGGAGCGCACAACGGCGCAGCGUCACCGGACGACAAGGAGAGCAGCAGCGGCGGCCACACCGAGAGCCAGAGCCAUGCAGUCGCGAUUCAGGCGCCUACACCGUGGAAUGGAAGGUUGACGGCAUGUCCUAACUCUCUGCAGCAACGGGCUUUCUCUGCUGGUCUACCGCCAAACGGCGCCGCGGCAGCAUGCUGGUCCACGCCGAUACGCGCAUCUCGCUUCCGCCCGACGCUCUUCCAGCAAGCGGUCCGCUCACUGCUGUACGCGAUCCAGUUCGCAGGCGCAUACAUCGUCAUGCUCAUCGCCAUGACGUUUAACGGAUACAUUCUGCUCAGUAUCGUGCUCGGCGGCUUCUUCAGCCACUUUGUCAGCACGUGGGACGCACUCGCCUUCGAUCUCGCCAGCACCGACCAGGACCCUUACUUGCUCGCGAAUGGCGGCGGCACCGGCGCCGGCGCCGGAGUUGAAUCUCUUGGUGCAAACGGUGCUUGCGCCGCCACCGCCGCAGCAGCAAAAGCGAGUGACCAGUCGUACCAUGCCAGCGGAGUAUGCUGUGGCUAGCUGGUCCAUGCCAGCGCUCGUCCUUCCUGAUUUGUGUCCUCCUCGCAAAGCCCGAUGGACGUCAAGACUACUAAGUGCCUCUGAAAACGCAACGCAACGCAGCACACCACACCACACCACUCUCACGCUCUGCCCCGUGGUCUUACUUGUAAUUGUAAAAUAACAUCGCAUUUCAUUGAGCCCGA